AUGAAGAAAACAAGUGGAAAUGCAAGUAUCAACACCCUUGCUAUUGAUCCCGGAAGAAAAUGGAAAGGGCCUUGGAGAUGGUUCGAUGAAUCCAUGUUGGACUGCUGUGAGCCAUUGGAGAAGGUUAAAGCUAAAGGGAUCUCCUUUGGGAAAGUGGUAUGUUUGGCUCACUGUGCAGGAGCGAAGGUGGAAGCUUUUCGCUCUAAUCUUAGCACCAUUGAUGACUUCCGUAAACAUGUCAUGGCCUGCACAACUAGUGAUGAUUGUCAUCUGAUCUCAUCUUAUCAUCGAGGACUUUUUAAACAGACAGGUUCAGGCCACUUUUCACCUAUUGGUGGUUAUCACGCGGAAAAGGAUAUGGCACUGAUUCUAGAUGUUGCAAGGUUUAAAUAUCCCCCUCACUGGGUUCCCGUCCCUCUCCUUUGGGAAGCCAUGAACACAAUUGAUGAAGCUACAGGAUUACAUAGGGGGUUUAUGCUUGUCUCUAAGCUUCAUAGAGCUCCUGCACUGCUAUAUACCCUGAGUUGUAAACAUGAGAGUUGGGUCUCUAUCUCAAAGCAUUUGAUGGAUGAUCUUCCUGUCCUCCUAAGUUCUGAGAAUGUGAAGGACAUAAAAGAUGUUCUCUCUACUCUUCUUUCAAAUCUACCUCCCAAUUUUGCUGAAUUCAUAAAGUGGGUAGCAGAAGUUCGAAGGCAAGAGGAGAAUGGUCAAAAGCUGAGUGAAGAGGAGAAAGGAAGGCUAGCAAUCAAGGAAGAGGUAUUGAAACAAGUACUGCAGGACACUCCUCUUUAUAAGCAUGUCACAAGCCUUUUACUUGCAGAAGAUUCUGUCUAUCAGUUAAAAGCAGAAAUGGAAAGCAGUUUGACCAAUGUUGCUGCGAGCAUUUGUUGCCAAGGAGCAGACAUUUUUGCAGGAAGGUCUGGUUUGUCGGAUAGGUUUUGCUGUCGCCAAACAUGUGUCAGAUGCUACAGAGCUACGGGGGACAAUCCUGCUACAGUGGUGUCUGGGACAGUUGUAAAUGGGAAUGGGAAUGGGAAUGGGGAGCAGGGGGUUGAUGUACUGGUCCCUACAUCUCAAGCAAAGACUAGCUGCUGUUCUUCGGGGAAAAAUGGUUGCUCACCAAUGCACCCUGGAAGCAACGAUGUGCUGACAGCACUGUUGCUGGCAUUACCUCCACAAACAUGGUCUCACAUAAAAGAUAUGAAAGUCUUGCAGGAGAUAGAGAACCUUGUCUCAGCAGAAAACCUGCCUCCUUUGUUGCAAGAAUAGAUUUUGCACCUGCGAGGGCAGUUCCUCCU